AUGUCUUCUGACCCUCGCCGCCGCAACUCUGUCAUCCCUUUCCAGAUGGCGGGCGCCAACCCCAUCUCCGAAAGCCAGGGAUCCCCGCACGGAACUUCCCCCCUGGAGGGCCCUGUCACAGCCCAACCACCCGUCGAACGAGCCCCAGGCCGCGACACACAAGUCCUCUCAGAGGCAAUGGAGGUCGAGACCACGACCGUUGAGCCAACUGAGCGCAUGGAUUCCCAGGUCCAGGCUCAGUCGGAGCAGAGUGAGCAGGAGGCGACGGUGCGUCAAAUCAGAAACCGCCUCGCCCGGGAUCGCGCCUCUCUCAGCGGGUUCAAGACCGCCUUUCGAGAAGGCCGGCUUCUUCAAUUCGAAGCCAUCAAAAAUAUCGGGUUAAUUCAAUCCCGGAAUGAUGAGAUCCUCCCGUUCGUGCUGGGAUUAGGUUUCAGAAUUCCCCGGGAUCUGGAUGAUCAGAUUCGCGAGGUGAAGUCGGAGAUCGCGCAUUGGUCCCGCCAAGCAUAUGCCAUGCGUGACCCAACACCGAGCGAGUAUGACGAGGAGCAGCUGUCCCCCCCUGAGGACUUCACGGAUAGCAGCGACGAGGAGGAUGAAUCGCGGAUGAUCAGCCAAAAGGCAAUUGCCACAACGACCGAUCGUCCCCACCUCUUCGACGUUCCAAACUUUGGGGCUCCGAAGACUCAACUGGGAUCCACCGAUGUCGGAGAUGCGUCCAGUUCGGCGAGCAGAAAGGCACCCACUCGGAAGGAGGAGACUGAAGGGGGGAUGAUCAGCAGGGCUGCACUUGCUUCGGCGAGUCGGAGCCCCCAUCCCUUCGACGUCAAGCCCAACCUUGGGGGGGUCAGCAGCCAACGGGCGUCGGCCAAAGACCGGGGGAUGUUGGUUCUCAACAAGCCCCCUUCGAAGAACUUCCGGUGCUUCGAACCCAUCUCGUUGGAACACCGUGACCUUGGGGAUUCCGCCGUCCCUCAAAGUCCCACCAUGGAGGAGGCCAGCUCGGUUCAUACCUGUCAGCAGGUCCAUGGAUCGUCCUCAACCCCGCACGAUGUGGACCUUGAUGUGGACAUGGAAGACCGUAUCGAGGAAAUGGUGGACGCCAACCUUAUGGGCCCCACCCCAGCUACCCCAACACAGGAUGAAAGCAGUACCUCAUUUGAGUGGAUGUACUGGGGGUCAAACCUCAGUGAUCAACAAAGAUGGGGCAACUUCUUCAGACUGUGGAUGAAUUACCCAGAGCGUGAAAGUCUCCAAUGGAUGUUCGAUCCGAGGAUGGGUCCUGCGGUGCCUCAGGUGGAAUCGGUGCCCCAACAGGUGCCUAUUCCCUUGCAGGUGUUGCAGCCCGAGGUGGAGAUGCCGGCGGAGAUGGAGGGCCUUGAGUUUUCAUCGGGGCAGUAUUUCGAUCUAACGAUCACCCAGGUGCAGGAAUCAACUACCUCACCGAUCCCGUUGGAAAUGGACGUUGCUGGACGGAAAAGACGACGAGACGACUCAUUGGAAGAUUCAAUGGAGGGAGGUCGUGUGAAGCGUGGGAAUCAUGGGACUGUGGGUGAAACUGCAGUUCCGGAGACUCCGUGGACCGCACCCCUUCAGUACUCCGAUGCGGCCGCCGAGAGUUCAACUGUGAGCCCGCCCACUCCGAGUGAGCAGGCUCCAGUUGUUCAUGACGCGGAGGGGGAACAAUCAGGGGGGGUCGAGGAGGUCGCGAGUGUGGGAGACGGCCCCGCUCACGCCUCCGAAGGCCCAGCUGGGGAUGAGCCAGUUGCGGGUGUGGAAACCAAUACUGAGCUCCCACUCAAUGGGGAGGCUGAUUCCGAAGCAGGAGAGGUUCAGCCUGCGCAAGCGGAGCAGAUCCCUACUGCGGAGGAUGAGGUUGAACCAGAGGAGGCUGAUUCUGAAACAGGAGAGGUUCGGCCUGCGGAAGCUGGGCAGAACCAUACUGUGGAGGAUGAGGCUGAGCCUGGGGAGGCUGAUUCUGAAGCAGGAGAGGUUCCGCCUGCGCAAGCUGGGCAGAUCCCUCCUGUGGACGAUGAGGUCGAACCUGCGGUGGCUCCAGCACCCGUGGUGAACCCACUGCCCGAAGAAGUGCCUGCUGCGAUGAUGCCACCUACAAUGGGUGAGACGUCUCAAAGCUCCGCACCUCCCAUCGAGGAGGAAAUCGAGGAUGAGGUGGUCGAGGAUUCCGCUCCUCCCGAGGAGUCGGUACUUGACCUCUCUUCCGACAUGGAAUCUGAGGUGGCUUCGGACGUGGUAACCCCAACUGACACAGAGGAUGAACGCAGUACCAAGGACCUUAUGCGUCGUUGCAGUGCUCGUCAGAAGUCUGCUGAUCAGUUUGUGUCGGAGUAUGUGCCCAAGGCCUUGGAGGAAACUCGUGCUUUCAUGAAGAGAGUACACGAGCAAUUCGGGGUUGAGGGAGGUCUUCCCGUGGGACCUGAGCCACAGACUGGGGAGGCCGAGGGACCUGCUCCUAGCGAGCCUGUCCCGGCCGAGGAUCUAGCUGGGGAGGACACACAGACCGGGGAGGUCGAGGCAUCAGCUCCUAGCGAGCCUGCUCCGGCCGUGGAUCCGGCUGUGGAAAGCCCCCAGAUUGGGGAGGUCGAGGGGUUAUCAGCUCCAAGUGAGCCUGCUCUGGCCGUGGAACCAACUGUGGGAAGCCCCCUGACUGGGGAGGUUGAGGCACCAGCUCCUAGUGAGCCUGUCUCUACCGAAGAUCCAGUUACUGGGGAUCAGGAAGAAGGCUCCGAAGUCUUAGAGGAGUCAAUCGAUCAGAUCGUGGGGGAGAUCAUGGAGACGAUGCUUGUCGCCGUCGAGACGAGCAUUUCCCCUCCUCCCAUCCCUACUGCCACACCCCCUCCUCCUUCGGUCCCCCCUACUCCUCUUGAGAUAUCAACUCUUGAUGAGAUGGGUGUGGACCACUGUGAGUACAUUGUUGCUUCACAGUGGAGCGAAAGGAAGCGGUUGCAGGGAUCGCAUCUGAGUCGGCUGUUGGCUAAUUGUCCCCCGUGUGACUACGGUUCGGAUGAGGUGCCAAUUGAGGAUUCGGGCUCCUCUCAGUGGGAAGAGCAAGAGCAGGAGGGCAAUGAAGAAGCCACCUGCUCCAAGUCCAACUCGUCUGGGAUAUCCUGUGCGGAGGAGACGACAGGCGAGGAAGCUGAAAGUGCCCAGGCUGACCAAAGAGACGCUGAAGAGGAGUGGGCAUUAAUGGAGGCGAGAUUGGCGUUGUUGAUUCCUGGCUUCGGCUGGACGCAGUCCAACUCCCGUCCCUCCAGUCCUUCUGACGCUGCGUUCUCGGAGGAAGAAGACCUCGGAAGCACGGAGGCUUUUUCCGAUGAAACAGAGGGACCUGAUCCCGCCGAGCACCCAGACCAGCAGUUUGCAGAAGAACAGCGGGGAAUCGAGGGUUUGUGUGAGUCUUCUGCUACUGACUCCGGUCAGUCGCAGAUUGAUUCCCCCCUCGCCUCCAAUGUGAAUGCAUCUGUUGCGGCUGGCGUGCGAAGCGUAGGUUCGGCGCUUUGUUAUGGAUUGGGGGCACUUGUUCGGGUAUUUGCAUUCGUUAUCUGGGCACUGGCAAUCUGUUCGGUGAUCUUCGUAUUGCUCGGAGGUCAUUUAGAUAUGGGCGCCUUUGCCCACGUUUGCUUUGGCCCAACUCGUGUCUUGGAGGAGCUGCGUGCAGGCCAUGGGACCCAAAGUUCGCUCAUGGACUGGGUUUUCUAUAUGGUAGUGCGUUGGCUAGCCGGUGACCGGAUGACGCCUGGUUGA